GCCAGGCGCGGGUCAUUGUAGUCGUCGCGCGCAUCUCCCAGCACUCCCUUCGCUUUCUCUCUUCCUCCCUGAUUUGUCUCCACGCCCUCAGGCGUUUAGCUCACAGCCGCACUGAACGCGUACAGAGGACUGCAGGUCCCGUUUGCGUGCUCACCGACGACUCUGUCUUCUUUUUUUUCCCCCUACAAGCGUGAAACAGCCGGUUUUUGAGGCUUUUCUCACUCCUCCACUUCCAUCGCACGCGCCCACCGACAGACCCAGCGCUUCUCAACAUGUCAGGCGAAGACGCGCCCGCCCAGCAGCAGAACGCCGAGGAGCAAAAACCGCAGCAGCAGCAGCAGCAGGAUGGCGAGCCCAAAAGCGAGUCGCCCAAAACCGAGAACAAACCGGAGGCAACGCCCGCUGAACCUGUCGCUGCUGCUGCGGUUUCAGGCGAGGCGGCUGCAGCUGCAGCGGCGCCCGCGGACAAACCCGCCGAGGAGGACACGUUCAGCUACCGCGCGCUCGUGCUCACAGGCUACGGCGGCUACGACAAAGUGAAGCUGCAGGUGAAGAAAGGAAAGCCGGCGCUCAAGAGCGGAGAAGUGAUGGUGCGCGUCAAGGCGUGCGGCCUCAACUUUGCCGACCUCAUGGCACGCCAGGGGCUCUACGACCGUCUCCCGUCUCCGCCGGUCACACCGGGAAUGGAGUGCUCGGGGAUCAUCGAGGCCGUCGGUGAAGACGUGACAGACAGAAAAGUGGGUGAUAAGGUGCUGGUUCUGAACCGCAGUGGUCUGUGGCAGGAAGUGGCUGUGGUCCCCAUCUCGCACACCUUCCCCAUGCCCGAGGGGAUGAGUUUCGAGGAGGCGGCUGCUCUGCCCGUCAACUACAUCACCGCUUACAUGAUGCUGUUUGACUUCGGCCACCUGCGUCCCAACCAGAGUGUGCUCAUCCACAUGGCUGCAGGAGGGGUGGGGAUCGCUGCCACUCAGCUCUGUAAGACGGUGAAGGAUGUCACUAUCUUUGGAACCGCCUCUGCCAGUAAGCAUGAGGUCAUCAGCGAGGGAGGAGUCACGCACCCCAUCGACUACCGUACACGGGACUAUGUAGAGGAGGUCCGCAAGAUCAACCCCAAAGGUGUGGACAUUGUCCUGGAUCCCCUGGGUGGUUCUGACACCCAUAAGGGCUACAACCUGCUGAAGCCAAUGGGCAAACUCAUCAGCUACGGUGCCGCCAACAUGCUGUCUGGUCAGAAGAAGAACCUGUUCGCCGUGGCUAAAACCUGGUACCAGCAGUUCUCCAUUCACACCCUGAGUCUGUGCCAGAGCAACCGUGCCGUCUGCGGCUUCCACCUGGGCUACCUGGACACAGAGCUCGUCAUAGACGUCAUGAACUCCUUGCUGGAGCUGUACCAGGAGGGCAAGAUCAAACCCCGCAUUGACUCCACCUACCACCUCGAGCAGGUUGCCGAUGCCAUGCGUAGGAUGCAGGAGCGGGGCAACAUCGGCAAAAUCAUCCUCUCCACCGAGCCCAUGAAGGAGGAGGCCAAGAAGGAGGAGGCCAAGAAGGACGAGAAGGAGAAGAAAGAGGACAAGAAGAAAGAAGACAAGAAGAAGGAAGACAAGAAGAAGGAUGAGGCCAAGAAGGAGGAGAAGAAAGAGGAAAAGAAGAAGGAGGAGGCCAAGAAGGAUGAGAAGAAAGCGGAGGAGAAGAAAGCGGAGGAGAAGAAAGCGGAGGAGAAGAAAGCGGAGGAGAAGAAAGUGGAGGAGAAGAAAGUAGAGGAGAAAAAGGAAGAGGCCAAGAAAGAGGAGAAUUGAGAGUUGGGCAGAAGUUAGGCAGGAAAUUGGUGGCUGUGAAUUGUGUUUGUCUUGGGAGUAGGGGAUCAUUUGAGUCUGUGUUGAGUGUGUGUGUACGUGUGUGUGUAUGUGAUGUUGGGAAGUACAGCGUAGUCCAGCUCUCGGCUCAACCCCAGGCAAUUACUCUGGCCUUAAAUCAUCAUCUUGCACUGAAAUCUGUAAUUGUUUAUCCAGCCUUAUAUAAGUUGAGAACUCAAAAGCUGCUCACUAACUAACACACACACACACACACACACACACACACACAUACACACACACACCAUGUAACAGGGAUAUACCACUCUAUUAUGCCACUAUAUUUCUCUUAUGUGUUACUUUUCCUGUAUUCAUGCAUUCUUGUACUCUGUGCUGUUACUAAUCUUUAACUGCGUGCCUUUUGAGGUAUGCUGGAUCAGUAUUACACUGCCAAAUCCACUACUCCAUCACUUUUCCGCUCAUCAUUUUCUCACCUUCAUCAUUGCUACAACACACUACUAAUAUCUUGAGCAUUCAUUCUCUACCAUUUCAUAUUUGGCUUAACUGCAUUCUCAAUGCUUUUUGUGUAAUAGCUGCGUUACCCACAAAGGAUUAUGGGUAAAUGCCAGGGUUGAGCAAGAGUCCUGUUGCCAUGACUACAGUGUUCCAUAUGUGUCCUGUCCCCUUAUUCCAAUCCCCUACUGUCUCCCCAGUCACAUCUGUUCUCUCCUUAUUGGACCAGACUCUUUGACGGAGAAGUCAAUCACUGAGCCCCGCCCAUGUCGUUCACCAAGGCAAUAAGGAGGAGUCAGUGUGGUUUCUGAUUUGCUAAAAAUUUCACGUACGCCUAUUAAAGCUCAAAAAAAUGAUCUAAUAGUGAAUUCUUUAAAAAGCUUCAGUUUAAGGAUCAGGCUGGAAAUAAUGAUGAAUAUGACUGUGUUUUUCAGAAGUAAUGACUAUUCCAGGUUUUUAGAAGAAUGCAGGGUUUGUGGGCCAGGAAAAUGAAAGCGGCUGUGCUACAAACAUUUUAUUUUAAGGCACACUUUCAAAAACGCAAAAGAAACAUAAGAACAUGACAUUAUAGGAUAUCAUAUGAUUUAUAUUCUGACAAAGACACUAUGGUCUUUGCUGUAGUGGCCUGCUCAUGCGUACAGUCCUGCUAUUCAUCACGCUGUACACAAGUCAAAUCAUUAAUCUGUCGUUAAACAUUGGCUGCUAGGAUCUUAAUGAACUCGGCUACAGAGCAACAUUAGUGAAACGUCUCUCUCCACACAUAGGCAUGCAGACACACACAUUCUCAAGUUAUUGUAUUAAAGCAGAGACUCUGAAACACUCUGAGUUUGAGAUAAACCCUGAAUGGUGUUUCAUUCCCGAGCCUCCUCCAGGAUUCCGCAUUAUCUGGAGCAUUCCGCUCCGAUCCUUAUGACCGCUGGCCUGUUUCCAGAGCAAUCAUUGUUUUUCUGAUUCUCUGCUUCUCCUCUCUCUCUCUCUCUCUCGAUCUCUCUCUCUCUCUCGCUCGCUUGCGUUUUACCGUCAGUAGUUGGCAUAGCAACAGGCGUUUGGCCAGCAAGUGAUGACAUGGUUUUGCACCCACCCACCCACCAAUUCCAAUCACUCCUACACAUAUCUGCACACUUUUCCCAGCUUUCAUUCAAUUAAAUAUUGUUAAGAAUCUCUUUAUAUGCUGAUUUGACAUCUAUUCAGGCUGCUGUGUCAGAGUCUAGUCACAAGGGCGUAACCUGGCACCCUUCCAACUCUGAAACCCGUCAGUCAAACCCACUGACUCCUCCCUCGGCUAAAUUUAUGCAUCUGUAGUGCUCUUCUGCCUCUCAUGGCGAUAUAGAUGCACUGCAGCGACUUUAUUUCUGUCCCUCCAUCAGCGGGUCUGGUUUUUGUCUGUGUGUGAACUGCAGUGUGUUUGUGAGAGUGUGUGUUGUGUACAGAUGUGGUUGAGAGGUUGCAUGGAUGUCUCUGUCCUCAGGUCAGUUGUCAGAUUUAGAUGAAAAUGUGUUUUUCGUUUUUGUUUUUUGUUUUUUCCUGUCUCUACCUCCCUUAUGCUAUGAGCUAGCAUGUAUGAGCUAGCUCCCUCGUCCCCCCUCCUUGCGGUUUUAUCUCUAACAAACAUAACUUGUAAGCCCCACCCCCAUCUCUCUCUCUCCCCAAUCCCCCCUGGUGAAUGGCCUGUGUUUAGUUUGGUAUUAUUUGCACUCUGCUUGUGGAUCUUAAUGCACUUACAGGGAUGGCAGUCCCACUCCCAGCCCCACUGUUCCUCAGGAGUCCCCUCCAGAGCUUUUUGAGGUUAGCAAAUACACACUAUGUGCUCUCUUGCAUACACAACCACAUAUCCAUGUACGUAAUUUGUUCCAUACAUGCAUACAUAUAUAUGAUAGUCACAAAUAGAAGAAACAGAACUUCAUCUCAAACAGUUUGUUCAUCACUGAAAGCUUGUCCAUACAUCCAUGGAGGAGGUUACCCAGAAUGCACCGGGAAGGGCGUGGCACUGCCAUCCUUGCCUAAAGAGUGACGGUGUUCUGACACGAGACUGGCAACUGGAUUCUGAUGCGAGUUCAGUUUCGGGAUCAUUCUAGUUCAUGUUCAUUUUUUUUUGUUGUGUAUCUCUGGUUCUCUCCCUGUGUUCUUGUGAAAAGAGCUUCAGUUCUGAAGCACCACGUGACCCCGACUAACACUCCAGCGAAGGGUGUCCGUCCUCAUUCUCUUACCUUUUGUUGUUUUGCAUCAUUUUUUUUUUUUUUUUUUUUUUUUGGUUGUUGUUGCUGUUGUUGCUGUGUAGUCCUACUAUUCAGUUUGAGUGGUUCUAAGUUGAAGAGGCUUCGCUGCACUUCUGUUCAAAUGUGAGGAAUGAUGUUCUGUUGAUCCUGAUUAAGUGUGCCAAACUGUGCUUGAGGCUCUUGCCUUCACUCCAGCUAUCCUUACUACACUGAACGACAAAAGAGAAGGAACGACGAGAAUUAUUGCUGGUUGCUUUUAAACUGACUGGCAGUAUAUUAAAAAAAAAAAAAAAAAUCUCAAACUGAUGUCGUACCUGUCGUGUGUGGUUGAUCGCAUCGCUGAAAUUUACUGGUGCUUAAGAACUCCUGGCUUUUUCGCUAAUCCAUGCAAACGCUGUUUAGGUCUCACUGUGCCGAUCGUUAACGAACGCUGGAAUACCUCCACAAAAACACAAAUACACACAUACUCUCACUGCCCUCUCUGGCACACCAGCUCUGUUCGGAAGGGCUGAUCUAUCAAUCAGUUAUUGCUAAAUCUGUUAGUGUUUACAACUCAAAAGAAAGAUCAGACAGUGCAGAACUGGCGAUCAGACUUAUUGUGUUAAGAUACAGCAGAACAUUGUCAACUAAUGUCAACCUGCUGUGAAGAAAAAUAUUAAGUUGUCAGUGUAUUAUUUUUAUUUUUUUUUUUUUUUUUGUUCAUACAUACAACAACUGCACUGUUUGGACUGGAUUCUAGUUGUAGAACCCAGGUUCCACCCCGGAUCUUCCAUCUCAUUCUCUAAGCAGGGUUGUUCUGGUUCUUGAACCUCAGGCUGGGUGACAUUAGAGCUAUAGAUUCCACCAUUUCCUCUGUCAUGGUUUCAUCUGACUGUACAGCAAAAAAAAUCACUUAUUCUGCAGUUCACCUCCAAGCUCAGUCCCAGUAGUAUUAACAUCUGCUUUAUGACUGCAUGCAUUCACUGGCAUGAGGUUUAUACAUUAGCACACGAUUUGCAUUUUAGUCCAGUUCCCUUUUUUUGGUUCAGAGACCCAAGAUGAGCUUAGCUGCAGGUGUGCGUGUCUCUGGUGGAUAUGGAGCUAGCUGUGUGGAUGAUGGCCAGAGCGGUCGAGGUUCCAUCGGAGCCACACAGCUUCCUCUCUCCAUUCCACAGCCACUGUAACUUUCCCAGAACAGGAAACUCCCUUCAGGUCUGCUUUCAGCUUUUCAGAGCAGUGUUAUUUGACUCAAGCCACUUGAGCUUAUACAUUUUACCUUCCAUUUUUCCUAUUUAAGCUACAAACUGACAAAUCGAUAAGUGAAUAAUUAGCAUUUUUAGAUAUGACUAGGUGUGUGCUGGUUGACGGUAACUUACCAAAUGAUAAAUUUAGGAUUUAGUCAUAUAAAAUGUACAACUUUUUUCCACCUUAGUUGUGGUGCCUAUUAUUACAGCGACAUAUUUGUAAGAACGAAGAUUUCUAUAUAGAUUCUUUAGGCGUUUAUAUAUCAGGACCCCUAUGAUUGCCAUGACAUGACUCAACACUGCAGUUCCUAAAUAGCUUCAAACAACAAUCGCUCUCCUCUCUAGCUGCAUUUGUAUUAAUCACCCUUUCUUCCACACACGUCAGAGAUGCGACAGGCUGUUUUCUUUUGUUUUUCUCCGACUCCCUCCAUCAGUGUACUCUCCAAUGUAUUUGAGACCCUGUGAAGGGCCGCUGCUUCUGUGCUUGACUCUGGGUUGGAUCAUGUGUGACUCACACAAAAGUGGUCAAGAGGACCGUAGAGCUCGUUUAAUGCUUCUGUGUGUGAUGUUACCAUUAUGCCUUACAUGUUUUCCAGGACUAAUAAAAGAGCAUAACUAAAAAAAAAAAAAAAA